GGCGAGCUGCUGAAGGAGGCCCGAGCUCGCGUGACGGGCGCCGCCGCUGCGAAGCGAACCCCGCAGGAAAUCGCGCAGUCGGCGAUGCCAGUGGCACCGCCACCACAGCCGGAGCACUCCGAGCCCAUCACCGCCGAGGCAGCCGCGCCCUCCGCGCCCUUAAGUGGGAUCGCGCCGCCUGCAGGUAUCGCUCCCCCAGCAGGCAUAGGCAUGCCCACAGCCGGCAUCGCGCCGCCUGCGGGCUUCUCCAGUGCUCCCUCCUUUGGCUCUCUGCCGACAUCUUCCGUGGAGCUGCGGCGUGAGGAGGCACCUCUUCCCCAGGAGGCACCGCUUCCAGAGGUAUCUCAUACAGACGAGAAUUGGGACACACCGGCGGACGCACCGGCCCCGGCUCCCCCGACGGCCGUGACACAGGAGAGCGGCUGGGACGAUGACGAGCCUGCGGAGGUUCAGGACAGCGCGCCAAUGCCGCCCCAGGCGCCAAUGCCGCCUUCAUUUCAGACUCCCGGGGACGACCUCGAUGAUUUGGUUGGCGAAAUGAUGGCCACCGAUGCGACGGUCAUUGGUCACGGGCUGCUCGAGAAUUUUCAUUGCAUGGGCUGCGAUUUUCAGGUCUUGGUGUGCGACGACUAUGUGUGGAACACAGAUGUCGACUACAUGUUCUUCAGGAACAACUACCCCAGCUUCGAGAAGCUCAGGCGGUGCCUGGUGCGGCAGCAAGGCUCGCGCGCCUACUGCUGCCAAUGCUCUUGGAAAUCCGUUCACUCCUCUGCUGGCUUGGAGGACGUCGCUGACGGCUUGCGCUGGAGAAGGUUGUCCUGA